AUGUUUAAAGCUGAUAUUAAAGAACUAUCAUCAAAUGCUUAUCAAAUCUACACCGAUGCUUCCAAAAGUACUAAAGGAACAGCAUGUGCAAUAUACGAUCCUCAAACAAAUGAGAGUAAGAUGUUUAAAUUAAACGCAAAUAGUAGCAUAUACUCAGCUGAAUUAAUAGGCAUAUUAGAAGCCCUAAAAUACGGCCAGCAUCUUCCAAACAAGAAAAUUUAUAUUUUCUCUGACAGUAAAAGUGCUUUGCAAAAAAUUAAGCACCUUCAAUCUACAUCUAAAAUAAAUUAUAUCAUCUUAGAAAUAUUACAAAAAGUUGAAGACUUAAAUAAAGAUUUCAAAACAAUACAUCUAAUAUGGGUCAAAAGCCAUUGUGGAAUACUGGGCAAUGAAACAGUUGAUGUCUUUGCUAAAAGGGCCAUACGCGAAGGAGAAGGAACAAAAUACAAAUGUACAACAAAUGAAAUAAAAAAAGUUAUUAACAACGUUUGGAAAUCAAAAUGGGAAGAAGAUAAUAAAAACAAUCAAAAAGGCAAACAUUACAAAGAAAUUCAAGAAACGAUUCCCAAAAAACCAUGGUUUAUAAAGGGGAAUCUUUCCAAAAAUGCAAUAAGAAAAAUUUGUAGUUUGAGGUUUAAUCACGUACCGGUUCCCAAAUUUAUAUUUAAAAUUCGUUUAAAAACCGAUCCAUAUUGCAAUUGUGGAGAAAUAGGAGACGCAGAGCAUCAACUAUUAAAUUGCUCUCUAAUACAAGCUCAAGUGAAAAUCUUUUUGGACAAAAUUUAUAAGUUAAGGGAUGUCAUACAUCCAAUUAAUUUAAAAUUCUUAUUAAAUCAAAGUAAUAAUCCAUAA